CCUGACCGAAAACCCCCCCCCCAAGAGUCUUUGCUUCUCACGGCAAAUUUCCCUACAAAUCAAUUGUUGCGUCAAUCCACGCUCCAAUCACCGCAACAAUGGCCGCCACGAAGCGCUCUCUUGCCGACACCGAGGCCGAGGCCAGUGUCACCAGCAAGAAGCAGAAGAAGGACCUCGCUGCGGGUGGCGACGUCGACAGCGAUGAGGCGGCGGAACUGAAGAAGCAGAGGAAGAAGGAAAAGAAGGAGAAGAAGGAGCGCAAGAAGGAAAAGAAGUCCAAGGUUGUUGAGGCCGAGGAUGAGGAGGCUCCGGCCGCUGCCACCGAGUCCAAGGAGGAGACUGAGGAGGACAAGGCCGAGAGGAAGAGACUCAAGAAGGAGAAGAAGGAGAAGAAGAGGAAAGAGAAGGAGGCCAAGGAGGCCGAGAGCAACGGCACAUCCGCAGCUCCCGCCGCUGCCGCUGCCGCCACCGCUUCCACUCCUACCGCCUCCAUCCUCGGUGGCUACGAGGAGGUCGCGGCGCUCAAGGCCCUGCCCCAAUCGGACCUCGACGCCUUCCUGGCCGCCGAGAACAUCACCGUCACCGACCCGAUAACAAGCAACGCCGCCCUCCGCUCCAUCCUCGAGUUCGCCCACCUCCCCAAGACCGACCUCGUCAAGAAGAACCCCUUUUCCGCCUACAAGAAGCCCACGCCGAUCCAGUCCGCCUCGUGGCCCUACACCCUCUCCCGCCGGGACGUCAUCGGCGUCGCCGAGACGGGCUCCGGAAAGACCAUGGCCUUUGCCCUGCCGCUCGUCGAGGGCAUCUCCAAGAUCAAGAAGCGCGGCAUCAAGGCCGUCGUCGUCUCCCCGACCCGCGAGCUGGCCAUGCAGACGCAGGAGCAGAUGGAGCACGUCUCCAGCCUGCUCGGCCUCAAGAGCAUCUGCAUCUACGGAGGCGCCUCCAAGGACGAGCAGCGCAACCUCCUCAACCGCGGCGCCGACGUCAUCGUCGCCACCCCCGGCCGCCUCAAGGAUUUCAUGCAGGACGGCACAAUCUCCCUCGGCCAGGUCAAGUUCGCCGUCCUCGACGAGGCCGACCGCAUGCUGGACAAGGGAUUCGAGGAGGACAUCAAGCUCAUCCUCGGCGACAUGCCGCCGCGCGAGCAGCGCCAGACGGUCAUGUUCACCGCCACCUGGCCCGCGUCGGUGCGCAAGCUCGCCGAGUCCUUCAUGGUCGACCCCGUCAAGAUCACCAUCGGCUCGAGCGGUAAGGAGACGGCCAACGGCGCCGUCGAGUUGCAGGCCAAUACGCGCAUCACGCAGCGCGUCGAGGUCGUCGACCCGCGCGCCAAGGAGCAGAGGCUGCUGCAGAUCCUGAAGCAGUGGCAGACGGGCGCCAAGAAGGACGACCGUAUCCUGGUGUUCUGCCUGUACAAGAAGGAGGCGACUCGCGUCGAGACCUUUUUGCAGCAGCGCGGCAUCCGCGUCGGUGGUAUCCACGGCGACCUGCGCCAGGAGCAGCGCACGAGGAGUUUGGAGGCUUUCAAGGCUGGUACCACGCCCGUGCUGGUCGCCACUGAUGUUGCUGCCCGUGGUUUGGAUAUUCCUGAGGUCAAGCUGGUUGUCAACGUGACUUUCCCCUUGACGAUUGAGGAUUACGUUCACAGAAUUGGACGUACUGGCCGUGCUGGCAAGACUGGCGAGGCGAUUACCCUGUUUACCGAGCACGACAAGGCGCACUCUGGAUCUUUGAUCAACAUCCUCAAGGGUGCCAAGCAGGAGGUCCCCGAUGAUCUCUUCAAGUUCGGUACGACCGUCAAGAAGAAGGCUCACAGCACCUACGGCGCCUUUUUCAAGGACGUCGACAUGACGAAGAAGGCGACCAAGAUUACGUUUGACUGAUUUGUUACUAUUUUUUGAUCUUUUUUUUGGCUUCUCGGGAGGAUUUCUACAUGUUCUGUUUACGCCCCGAGGUAAUUACGUCUACGCUGCUUUCGGCUUGCGUGCCGAGUUGUAACAUUGCAGGAGGAACCUGCGUUCGGCAAAGAGUCUGAGGUCAUGUUAGAUGGGGAAAAGCACACACAAAAGGCCACAGCGGCGCGAAUCACAUGGGGCGGGGAAAAGCUUACAUCAAAAGUACGACGGGAACGGCGGCUAGACCUAUGGCGAUGAUGUCCUUGAACGGGGAAGUAGAUACGCCCGCCGAGGCAAGACCGGCGACCCUCCUGAUGAGGUGCGGCGCCGAUAGACAGACGAUAGAGGUGACGGCGUUAGGCCGCAGCGAAAAGAGUUCAAACGGCGUUUCCAACCCUGCAAAGUACGAUUUGGUGAAGGCGAGGCUCCACACGAUGCGGCACAGCAUGUUGAUGCAGUUUGCGUAGACGAGGCCCUGGGCGCCGAGGUCCAUGACGCGCAUGAAGAAGAAGGCGGCCGAGCCAAAGGCGACGGAGAAGGCGCCCAUCCAGGCGGACUGGCGGUGGACCUGGGCCUCGGAGGCGACGGAGGCGACAAAGGACUCGGAUACGCCGUUGAGUGCGAGGAGGGGCAGGUAGUAGCAGUAGACGGCCAGGACGUCGCCUGCGCCCUCGGAGGCCCAGCGUUGGCCUGCAACGAGGGAUAGGAGCGGGGGCGCGGCGACGGGGCCGAUGCUCACGAUGAUGGAGGAGAGGAGGAUGUAGAAUUUGAGGAGGGUGUGAAGAUGCUGGCUUGCCGUGGUUGUCGCUGCUGUGUCCUUGGUGGACGGUGACGAUGUGCUCUUUGUGUCACGGGAAGAGAGCAAACGGCUGAAGUAGCUGCGGCUGCUCUCCUCGAUGGGCUGGAGGACGAGACGGGCCAGGAGGCCUCCGUAGUUGCUGGCAAGCGCGUAGACGCCCUGCGAUUUGGGUGUGGACAGGACCGAGACGAGAAAGGUGUCGCCUUGCGUGAGGACGUGCUUGACGAGGCUCUGUGCUGUCAUGCUGGAGGCUAGACUGACGGUGGGACGGUAAAAGUAGGAGGCGAGGUAGUCCUCUCCUCCGCCACUCGAUGUGGAAGCGAGGCUCUUUGGGAGGAGAGAGAAGCCAUCGGCACGAGCGAGGCGGGAUGCGGAAGCGAGAUAGACUACCAGCAGAGUUGCGCCGUAGAAGAGCUGACCGACGGCGAAGGGGAGCACGCCGAACUCUACGCCAGCUCUGGAGGCCCAAAAGGCGGUGGCAAAGGUAACGGUGCACCGGAGGAAGGUCGCGAUGGACUCGGCGGUAGCGCGGGUGCCGAAGCGUAGGCGGGUCUGCAUAAGAACGAAGCAGGGUUCCGAGAGGAGUUCAAGGAUAGCGGCCAGGGCGUAGAGGCGGAGGGCGAGGAGGAAGUUUGGCGUCUGGGCGGUGGACGAGUCGACGGAGGAGAGGUACAACCAUCCGAGCCCAAUGGUGACAAAAAAGCCUAGAAGGACGGCGAGGUAGCCCAAGUUGAUGACGGCCUGGCUUUCUCGACCUACGCGAGCUUUUGGGUCGUCAUCCUUUUUGCUGUUGGAAGAAUGAAGUGCGGCAUUGCCUUGGGUUUCCUGACGCUGGACGGCAACGCGAAGGGAUUCUCGGGCGAAGAAGAGCACCGAAAGGUAGUAGACUUCUAGUUGUGUCGAGACGCCGAGAAGGCGGGCCGUCAGGAAGCGGAGAAGAAGCUGGUUUGCAAUAAAGGUGACUGCGCGGGAGCCGAUUUGGAGGAUGAUGAGAAGGGAGGCGCCGCGGACGACAGUUUUGCUGGCGUCCGUGUUGGUAUGUACCGGGGUGGACACGGACGCAGGUUCUUUAGAAGUUGCCAUUGUUCCGUCAUCCGGUGGUUGAGUGGGUUGAGGUAGAGAAUGGCCGUUCCGAAAGGUUGUCCCCGUGAGUAUAGCGGGGUGUGACCUCGGACGGGGAUGCGGUGCGGUGCGG